AUGAUGAUGAUGAUGAUGAUGAUGAUGAUCAUGAUGGUGAUUUAUAAUAGUGCUGCAGGAGAGUUCAUGUCCCUGGCUGAGAGGGAAGACGCCCUACUGAGGGACCUUUUUCAGAGUUAUCAGAAAUGGGUGCGGCCUACGCAGCAUUCCAACAACACUGUCAGAGUGCGCUUUGGUCUGAAGAUCUCACAGCUUGUAGAUGUGGAUGAGAAGAACCAGCUUAUGACCACUAAUGUGUGGCUGUGGCAGGAGUGGGUGGAUUAUAAACUGCGCUGGAACCCAGAGGAUUAUGGCGGUAUCACUUUCAUCCGAGUUCCUUCCGAGAGCAUUUGGCUGCCUGACAUUGUUCUAUAUGAGAAUGCUGAUGGACGUUUUGAGGGCUCACUAAUGACCAAAGCUAUUGUCAAAUAUAACGGCGCUGUCACCUGGACCCCUCCAGCCAGCUACAAAUCAGCCUGCACUAUGGACGUGACAUUUUUUCCAUUUGACCGCCAAAACUGCUCCAUGAAAUUCGGCUCAUGGACUUACGAUGGCACCAUGGUGGAUCUGGUUCUUGUAAACCACAAAGUGGACCGUAGUGACUUCUUUGACAAUGGCGAGUGGGAAAUUCUGAGCGCCACAGGCACCAAGGGCAGUCGGCAUGACAGCACACUCUCCUACCCCUUCAUCACCUACUCCUUCAUCCUGAAGCGCCUCCCUCUCUUCUACACACUCUUCCUCAUUAUCCCCUGCUUGGGGCUGUCCUUCCUCACUGUUCUGGUGUUCUAUCUUCCAUCGGACGAAGGCGAGAAGGUCACGCUCUCCACAUCCGUACUUGUCUCCCUCACUGUCUUCCUCCUGGUCAUUGAGGAGAUCAUCCCAUCUUCAUCCAAGGUCAUCCCACUGAUCGGCGAGUACUUACUCUUCAUCAUGAUCUUUGUCACUCUGUCCAUCAUAGUGACUGUGUUUGUCAUUAAUGUACAUCACCGGUCCUCAGCUACCUACCACCCAAUGGCACCAUGGGUACGUGUGCUUUUCUUACAGCGCCUGCCUCAGCUGCUGUGCAUGCAAGCUCACACUGAGCGAUACCUUUACCCUGAGCUGGAGCCACACAGCCCUGACUUCAAACCACACAUCAGAAAAGCUCCACCAGGCCCCGAGGGUGAAGGUCAGGCUCUGGUCAACAUGUUGGAGAAGGCCACUUUCUCUGUCCGAUACAUCUCACGCCACAUUCGGAAGGAAAAUUUUAUCAGAGAGGUUGUGCAGGACUGGAAGUUUGUGGCUCAGGUGUUGGACAGAAUCUUCCUCUGGGUCUUCCUCAUUGUGUCUAUAUUAGGCACCAUCCUCAUCUUCACUCCUGCUCUAAAGAUGUACUUGCUGGCUUCAUCUCCUCCUUUAGCUCCAUAG